AUGUUUAAGUGUUCAGUAUCAAUAGAGUUACUGAAAAGCGCUUAUUCAUGCGACAAAAUUAGCAUUUCUAUUUCACCUAUGUCAAUCGCCUUCAGUUACCGGGCCAGCAAAAUAACAACAUUGAUCUGAAAGCCGUUGAUUGCAAGGAGACUGGCUCUAAUUGAUCCGAAAAGGCCACUGGGAAGAGAUAGUUGUGCGGACAUCUUGGGCUGUGAUUGAGAGGAGGUAAUGGCAACCACCAGUGAAACUGGAGAUAGACUUGAUACUCGAAGGCUUGAGGCAAAGAAACAAACCUUAGAUGAUGCUUACGCAGCUCCAGCGAAUUUCCUAGAGAUCGAUGUUGUCAAUCCUGAGACGCAUGGAGUCGGUAAAAAACGGUACACCGACUAUGAAGUGCGGAUGAGGGUUAGUACAAAUAUUAUCCUUAUAUAGUCUUAAUGAAACGCAAUCUAACAGAAUUUAUUGGGUUUCUAAUUUGUAAAGAUAAGUGUUAAGCUAACUUAAGUCGCUUUGAUGCAUUCAUACGAGUUGAGGACGUGUUUAUUUUUCUUCACAUGCAAUCUACUAAAGAGUUGAUCCUAUUUAAACAGAAGCGAACUGUAUAACUGUGAUUGAUUCGAAUUGGCGACGUUUGACAGUUACUACUGAAGUUUUGGAAGAAACACAGAUUGCAGGAUCACUGAAUAUGACAAUGAUUUCUCAGCUCUGGAAAUUUGUAACCUAAAUUAUGACAAAUUAUCGCAUGAUUUUAGUGUCGAAGCAUAUAAUUGUUCUCGUUUGAGAUCCAAUGAUGUUAUGGCAUUUUCCAGAAGUUUGGAACAUUAUGCGGCGCAGAAGCAAGAGAUGUCCGAUUCACAAGGCAAAAAUUGUCUUUCAGGCUGGAAAAUGCAAUGCUAUUUUAGCUUUGAAAAUCUCCUCAUGAGUUUGUAUCACCAAUAUCCCUUCCUACUGUGAUCAAAGUUCUGAGCAUCUCAACAGGAACUAACCAUGACAGCCCGUAUGGAUCACCUUACAAAUCUCUAAUCACUGGAGCAAUAUUGUAGACUGUACCUGCUUGUGGAAGCUAAUUUAAUUGCUAUUCCAUAUCAGACUUAAACUCAGCUUCAGGCCAGUAAUUUAUGAAACUGAAAGAAUGUCACUUUUAUUUUGAAACCCUAACCCAUGAUAUAUUAUACAGGUGGGGUAUUAUACUCUUUCUGUAACUAAGAAUUUAUUUAUCCAUUCCUAAGAAAAUUCCUUGUAAGCCAAGAUCAGUAGUCUGUUGUUUAAGACACAAGGAAAGAUUUACAUAAAUAUUUUGUUUUCUAUAACAGACAAAUCUCCCAGUUUUUAAAGUCAAAGAGUCAUCUGUAAGGAGACGGUACAGUGACUUCAAAUGGCUAAGAGGAGAGUUAGAACGUGACAGCAAGGUAUUGAUGAACUUUGUUAAACUUUUGGAUCAAAAUUAGUGAAACCAAAGGCAAGACUCACAUGCAUUUAACAUCAAUGGCCAAUCAGAACAAAAGGUCAAUAUCAAAGAACCCAGUUAUAAUUUGGAUGGUGUAAGUUUUCUUGACCAACAAUAGAGCAAAGUUGAGCAAAAGGAGGGCAUAGACAUUAUAUAUUUUGUAUGUAAAUGCUUACCAGAGAUCAUAUUAAAUCCCCAGGAGCACUGAUGCUUUCUUUCCAUGGAAAUUGAGAGUCCAUCAUAUCAUUUUUACCAGAUAUAUGAAGACCUUGCUGCUGAAAAUUAACAGCAUGAAAUAACUAUUUAGGAAAUUUCUAUUAUGGCCAAAACAUGCUCUUUUAAAGGGUGUUUUUGCUUUUGCCAUUUUUUUGCAACCAAAAAGUGUCAUUCAGUUGUGGUACAAUUACAGACAUCAUUAUCAUUAGGAAUACAGACCCUUGUACCCUAAGCCUCAAAACACCAGAAAUAAAGAUUCAGAUAGUUUUGAGUAGAAUGAUAUGAGCUCCAUUUACUUGAAGCUCAUAUUGCACACCAUAGGAACCAUGUGGUAUAUCUUAUCUUUUGAUCAAUUUUAUAUCUUUAGUUGCUAUUUUGACCUAGGGAUUAGUGUAAUGCCCUCCAUUUUUUUGUUUAACUUUUGUCUUCCCAGAUAGUGGUACCUCCUCUUCCAGGUGAUGCAUUUAAGAAGCAAUUACCAUUCAGAGGAGAUGAUGGUAUGAGGCAGCUCUCUUUUCUCAUUUGCUUCCUGUGUUUCUAUGUACAAUACAUGAAAUUAUACACUGUUCAUUUUUAGUCAACCUUAAAACCCCAGUUACUUUGACAUUUCACUGAAACUGAAAUUGAAAUUGAUUUCUCUUGGAUUUCCAGUGUAUACUUACUACAAUUUUGCUGUUGGUACAUUCAACCCUUGAUUAUGCAAAUUUAGGAGGGAAGUCCCCUCAAUUUUAUUUCAACCAUUUUGAUUAUUUAUAAUUAUCUAAUGUUCGUCAGUAGAUUGUGAGUAAAAGUGAACAGUUCUGCAGUGUAUAAGCCUGUUAGAGGUUAUUUUGCAGCAGCCAUGUAUUUCUUGUUUUGUUUUGUUUUGUUUUUUGCUGUUUAAAUGCAGUUAAAUGCAAUUUAGUGUAGGUAACAACAAAGAGCAUCAGUGUUCUCUAGUUGUCAGCAGUUUUCUGCAGAUGCACAUGCAUCAGAAAUCUACGUGCUCUUUGUUUGAGGUGUUUUUGCAUGUGCUUUAAGAGUGAAAUUGCAGUGUUGUGAGGAGGUCAUUGUCCAGGCAGUUUUCCCCAACCAUUCCCUCUCUCUUUCCACAGUUUAUUCAGUGUGACAGGUGCCUGUUUCCCUUUCCUAUGUAGGGGCUCAUGGCUGGGUUGCCAGGAUUUACCAGCCAUGGGAGAAGUCUCUAUCUAAAAGCUAGGUGCCAAUAGUGGAAGCUCCUGGAUGUUUCAGGCACCCAACCUCCACUUAGCAAUGCAGUUGUUAACUCCUUCAAAAUGUAAAGAUAGUUAUUUGAGGAAAUAAUCUUAUUAGGAAGAAAAGGCAGCAUGGAUAUGUUGUCAAUUUUGGUCAACCACUUCCUUAUUUGGGUGUUUGAUAAGCACUAUUCACCUUCCUUUCAGGAAUUUUUGAAGAUGAUUUUAUUGAAGAAAGAAGGCAAGGUUUAGAGGCAUUUGUUAACAGGUACUGAAUAUGUUCUCAGCAAAGCCUGGUAAUUUUCUAUUAUGAUGCCAUGGCAAGUAAGAAAUAAUUUGUAGAGACUAAAAUAAAUUUGCAUAAAAAGAACCAAUUUGAGACAUGUGUUUGGCACUUGUGUAGCAAGCUGUAAUGUAUGUUUAAUGAAGAGUAUCUUGUACAGAUUUAAACACAGAUAAACAUGCGCAUAAAAUGGUAUCCAGUUCAAGUUGCUGACAAGUCAACUCGCUAACGCCAACACACUGAGGUAUAAAAUCGAGUAUAAAAUAGAGUAGAGAUCUUGUCUAGAAAGCUAAGUUUUUUCUUUUAAAAAUCUGACCGAUUGACAUGAUGAGUCUUUACACUGUGGUUGUCACACAAUAACUUGUUUACGUCUAAAGCUUUUUUGGUCUUGGCGAUGUUCACCUUGCUUUAUUCACCUUGAGAUCCUUAUGUACUUUGUUGGAAAUAAAAAGAAUUGCUUUUACUAAAGAUCUUGUCUAGAAAGCCAAGUUUUCUUUUAAAAAUCUGACCAAUUGACAUGAUGAGUCUUUACAGUGUUAUUGUCACACAUUAACUUUUUCGCGUCUGAAGCUUUUAUAGUCAUUGGUGAUGUUUACCUUGCUUUAUUCACCAUGAGACCCUUCUAAACUUUGUUGAAGAAAAAAAAGAGUUUUUUUUACUAAAGAUCUUUUACUUUUCUAUAUGUUUAACUUCUAAUAAGUUCUACUGGAUUGAAGACCAACUUGCAAACAUCUUUACCCGAUUUUAUAUGUUGGUGAGUUGGCAUUGGCAAGUUGAACUGUCAGCAACUUGACUAUAAUCCCAUAAAAUAUAAAGGGCUCCAUCAUUUUCUUCGAAGAAAAUUUGCCUCUUCUUCCUGUGUGUCCGAUUAUUCAUUCUCUGACUCCCAAGAUUGACAAGCAUCUCAUUUCUCUGAACAAUAUCACCCAAAUCACACAUUAAGGUCACAAUAAUAAAGGAAAUGAUCAACCUAAGAUUGUGACUCUUGAUUGUGAAACAAAUCUCCUUGUCAGCACCACAGGGAAUGUAUAGAGAACACUGUAGAGAAUAUGUAUACUGAUGUAAGGGUGUAAAGGGUUUCCCCUCUGUGCAAAGGUCCAAUUAUGAUUAGCAGCCAUAUUGCAUAUUUUAAAGGAGUGUGAUAAGGAAAAUAAUUUGUCUUGAAACUUUGCACAAAGUGCCCUUUCCUGGGUUUGUUUUUGGAGGGUAAAAUUUUAGUCUUUGUGACCAUUUAAUAUGAUCUUAGGUUCUGGGUGAAGAUUAAAAUUAAUUUCAGUAAGAUGGUACAUUUUAAGUUUUUUCAGCAGCUAGUUUUAUUGUGUCCUGUUGUUGAAGCUGUAAAAGAUGUACCAGGUUCAUCUGAUUAUCGUCAUCUCAAUAAUGUUCUGUCUUGUUUGAUUUCCAGGGUGUCUGGACAUCCUCUGGCCCAGAAUGAACGUUGUUUGCACAUGUUCCUUACAGAACCCAUUAUAGAUAAGAAUUAUGUCCCAGGAAAAGUGAGAACCACAUAAAACCCAAUGGAGCAUUAUGAGUAAUUAUUCCUUGAGGUUCAAUGAUCAAACACCAAUGAGAGAUUCUUUAAUCCUUGUAGCCAUCACAAUGUUUGGCUGCUCCAUUAACCUCUUUUGAAUCCUGCAGUACAAAGAUAGUUUAAGGUUUAAGAAAUUACAAGAAUGUGAUCAUUAGUGAUUUAUGAUAAAAUCAUUUAUUGGAUAUCAGUGCCAAAAAGAUUUUUCUUGAUGGCUUAAGAACUAAAGGUUUGCUACAUAUUUUUAGAACAGUUCAGGAUUAAAUAAUAUAUACUUAACUGUAACUAAUUCAGGCAUUUCGAGGCAUAAAUGAAAAGUAAGUGUACUGAUAGAUAGCAGCAAGAAACAAGGCUUAGUGGCUUAACGAAGAUUACACAAUAUUCCAUUUUUGAUAUGUCCAAAGCCUCUGUUGUUAGACUUUGAUAUAAAAUUGGUUUAAGGAUGAUUUUGCACUUGGCUUCACCUUGAAAGUGAUGGUUUUCAGAACUCAGAAAUGGCCUUUUUUUUUAAUAAAAACUCCACAGUUGAUCUUAACGCUUUAACUCUUAGAAGUGAUUCACAUGGAACUUCUUCAUACAACGUCCAUACACUAUCCAGCAAACAGGUAAUGAGAAUACUCAAAUGUAUCAGGUAGUUGUUAUCUUGAUCUAAGACCAAACUCUUGUAAUUAUCUUACAAGGAAAUGUAUAGAACCUAGAGGGGAGAAUUAACAAUCAUUUCUUGGUAGUGAAAGGGUUUUAAUAGUAAUAUUGAGGUGGUUUUAGAAGAUCAGGCAUUAUCCAGACUUGUCAUCAUGCUUAAGCAUGCUUAUCAGGAAGACAUGCCAAUGCUUGACACCCAGUACCAAUAAGCCAAAUGGUGCCUAACAAGAAGUCAUCAUCAUUACCGUAAUAUUACAACUAUGUUUUCUUUGAAUAUUGAAGAAAUAUUAUUAAUCCACUAAUGUGAGGGUGUGUGCUCAGAACAUUUUGACUCAUCUGUUACUGCAAGAGCUUUACAAUGCUUGAGCAGAAAUACUUCUGUCGCUGUAAUUAUCAGACAUAAAUGCAAGUGCUGUGCUAUGCUUUGAGGUGAUUAAUAUGUAGCAAUCUACAAUAUUUCAUAUCUGAAAUGUAUUGGUGCAUUUUUUAAAAUUAUAGGAAGUACUGAGUGGUGCUAUACCGCUAUGUAGGAUGGUGAAGG